AAGUGUGUGUUUCAAGCAAAGCAGCGCGGACUUACUCUUUACUCUGGAAACACGCGAUAUAUGCGGAUUUAAUUCAGACGACGAGAAUUAUCAGAGUAUAAGCGAGGAGCGUGAGUGACAUCCGCUGAAUCUAAAGUCAUUGGAAUCAUGCCUGCGAAAACAACCAAGAGCUCGACGGCUGCGAAGAGAGUAGAGUCCGACGAGGAGGUGAACACCGCCCGCAGACCGAGUCCGACAGCAGCACCUCCACAGCCCGAUGCGUCUCCUCCAGGCGAGGCUGCUGAGGAGGUUGAUAACCGCAGUCUGGAGGAGAUUCUGAGCAGCAUCCCUCCUCCACCACCUCCUGCCAUGAGUUCAGAGCCUGGAGCCCCUCGACUCAUGAUCACUCACAUUGUUAACAGAAACUUCAAAUCAUAUGCAGGAGAGCAGAUCCUGGGGCCGUUCCAUAAGCGCUUCUCCUGUAUCAUCGGUCCAAAUGGCAGUGGGAAGUCUAACGUGAUUGACUCCAUGCUGUUUGUGUUUGGGUACAGAGCUCAGAAGAUCCGCUCGAAGAAGCUGUCGGUUCUGAUCCACAGUUCAGAUGGACAUCAGGACAUUCAGAGCUGCACUGUAGAGGUGCACUUCCAGAAGAUCAUCGACAAGGAGGGAGACGAUUAUGAUGUUAUCCCCAACAGUUCCUUCUAUGUGUCGAGAACUGCAGGGAAAGAUAAUUCCUCUGCAUAUCACAUCAACGGUAGGAAAGCCACCUUCAAAGAUGUGGGCACAUUACUGCGCAGCCACGGCAUCGAUCUGGAUCACAAUCGCUUCCUCAUUCUACAGGGUGAGGUGGAGCAGAUUGCGAUGAUGAAGCCCAAAGGUCAGACCGAACAUGAUGAGGGUAUGCUGGAGUAUCUGGAGGACAUCAUCGGUUCGUGUCGUCUCAAAGAACCCAUCAACAACCUGUGCAGAAGAGUGGAGUUGCUCAAUGAGCAGAGAGGAGAGAAGCUGAAUCGAGUGAAGCUGGUGGAGAAGGAGAAGAGUGCUCUGGAAGGAGAGAAGAAUAAAGCUGUGGAGUUCCUCACUUUAGAAAAUGAGAUCUUCAAGAAGAGGAGUCAGCUCUGCCAGUUCUAUGUGCAUGAUCUAGAGAAACGUGUGUCAACGAGAGAAUCUGAGAAACAGCAGAUUCAAGAAGACACAAAAGAACUGCGUGACAAGAGCAGCCAACUCACAGAAGAGAUGAAGGGGAAGAACGAGGAGCUGAAGAACGUGGAGAAGAAACUGACGAAGCUGACAAAGUUCAUCGAGAACCAGAAGGAGAAAUUCACCCAGCUCGACCUGCAGGAUGUGGAGGUGCGAGAGAAACUCAAACACACCAAGAGCAAAACCAAGAAACUGCAGAAACAGCUGCAGAAAGACAAGGAGAAGCUGGAGGAGUUGAGGAGCGUUCCUGCGAGCAGUGAGAAGAUCAUCACGGAGGCGUCGGCUCAGAAGGAGGAGCUGGAGAAGAAGAAACUGCUGGAGGAGCAGAAGUUGGCUCAGGUGAUGGAGAGUCUGAAGGAGGAGACCAGCGGCCUGCAGGAAGAUAAAGAGAAAAAGGAGCAGGAGCUACUGGAGUUGAGUAAGACAGUGAAUGAGACUCGCUCACGGAUGGAUGUGGCUCAGUCAGAGCUGGAUAUCUAUCUGAGUCAACACAACACUGCUGUAAGUCAACUGAACCAGGCCAAACACGCCCUACAGGAGGCUGUAGACACGCUGAGAGACAGAAGAGCAGCCAUCAAAGACCUGAACGUCAAAAUACCACAGUGUGAGGAGCAGCUCAACAAGGAUGAGCAGGAGCUGGCGCAGAUCUCUGAACAAGACCGUCAGAAGCGAGUGUUAGUUGGUGAUAUGAGACAGAAAGUAGCUGAAGCCAAAAGCUCUCUUUCUUCAAACCGCAGCCGCAGUAAAGUGCUGGAUGCGCUCAUGCAGCAGAAACAAUCUGGGAAGAUCCUUGGCAUCCUGGGGCGACUGGGUGAUCUGGGAGCGAUCGAUGAGAAGUAUGACAUCGCCGUCUCCUCCAGCUGUGGAUCUCUGGAUAAUAUCUUAGUGGACACUAUCGACACAGCACAGAAGUGUGUGACCUUCCUGAAGACACAAAACAUUGGUAUUGCCACGUUCAUUGGCCUUGACAAGAUGAAAGUGUGGGAGAAGAACAUGAGCUCCAUCUCCACCCCAGAGAAUAUUCCUCGUCUGUUUGACAUGGUGCGUGUGAAGGACGAGAGUGUGCGUCCGGCAUUCUACUUCGCCCUCAGGGACACGCUGGUGGCUAAAGACCUGGAGCAGGCCACGCGCGUUGCAUUCCAGAAGGACAAGCGCUGGAGGGUGGUGACACUGCAGGGCCAGAUCAUCGAGCAGGCCGGUACCAUGACUGGAGGAGGAGGACGAGUGAUGAAGGGCAGGAUGGGCUCUUCAGUCUGUGCUGAUGUCACUCAAGAUCAGUUGGAUAAAAUGGAGAACGCCUUAAACAAGGAGAUGACUCAACUGCAGGACUGGCAGCAGAGGAAACUUCAGCUGGAGGAGAAAGUGCACAAAGCCAAAUGUGAGCUGAGAGACAUGAAGAACACACUGGAGAAAUACUCUGCCUCCAUACAGAGUCUGACAGAGCAGGAGCUUCAUCUGAAGACUCAGAUUAAAGAUCUGGAGGCAAACGUCAUCUCUGCUGCUCCUGAUAAGGCCAAACAGAAACAGAUGGAGAAGAAACUGGAGAGCUUCAAGAAAGACUUUGAGGCAGCAUCCACUAAAGCAGGAAAGGUUGAGUCAGAAGUGAAGAGACUGCACACACUCAUCGUAGACAUCAACAGUCACAAACUGAAGAACCAGCAGGACAAACUGGACCAGAUCAACUUGCAGCUGGAUGAAUGUUCCUCAGCCGUCACUAAAGCUCAGGUGGCCAUCAAGACUUCUGGACGUAAUGUGAAGAAGUUUGAGGAGAGCGUGUGUCAGCUGGAGAAGGAGAUGAAAGACAAUGAAAAGCUGAUGGAGGAACUAACGGAGCAGCUGAAGAAACUUGAGGAGCAGGCCGGAGAAAUCAUGAAUACCUACCAGCAGGCCGAGGAAGCUCUGCCGGAGGUUCAGGAGCAGCAUCGGGGCAUUCUGCAGGAGAUCAAGGCACUUCAGGAGCAGGAACACACUCUACAGAAAGAGUCUCUGAAUGUUCGGCUGAAGGUGGAGCACAUCGACACGGCUAUCAAUGAAUUCCAGAAUAAAAUCAAACACUGGGAGAAAGAGGCCAGUAAACUCUCACUGCACUUCAUUGAUGGAACCGCAUCAGAAGAUCUGCCGACACUGACUCCAGAUCAGUUGGAGAACAUCAGCAAUCCAGACAUCAUGAAGAAUGAGAUCGCUCUGCUGGAGGAGCGCUGUGGCAACAUGAAACCAAACCUGGGAGCCAUUGCUGAGUUUAAGAAAAAGGAGGAGUUGUAUCUGCAGCGCGUGGCGGAGCUGGAUGACAUCACCACACAGAGAGACAGCUUCAAGAGAGGCUGUGAGGACCUGCGCAAACAGAGACUGCACGAGUUCAUGGCGGGAUUCAACAUAAUCACCAACAAACUGAAGGAGAACUAUCAGAUGCUCACUCUGGGUGGAGAUGCUGAGCUGGAGCUGGUGGACAGUCUCGACCCCUUCUCUGAAGGCAUCAUGUUCAGUGUGCGUCCUCCUAAGAAGAGCUGGAAAAAGAUCUACAAUCUGUCUGGAGGAGAGAAGACGCUGAGCUCUCUGGCGCUGGUGUUUGCUCUGCAUCACUUCAAACCCACUCCACUCUACUUCAUGGAUGAGAUUGAUGCUGCGCUUGACUUCAAGAACGUCUCCAUCGUGGCCUGCUACAUCUAUGAACAAACGAAGAAUGCUCAAUUCAUCAUAAUCUCUCUGAGGAACAACAUGUUUGAGAUGGCCGACCGUCUCAUCGGCAUCUACAAGACGCACAACACCACCAAGAAUGUGGCCAUCAACCCCAAAACCAUCGUCCUGAGAGAGAUCGAGACGGCAUGAGAGGAAACUCACUCAUUGAUAUAUCAUAAUUGUGUUUGAUAUCAUGUGUCUGUCCAGCUUUCAUUAUUCUCUAUUCUACAUGUUUUUACCCUUUCUAAAAGAAAAUGACUUUUGUAUUGUGUAGUAGAAAUCUGUCAGAUAUUUGUGUUUUAAUUACACUGCUGUCGUGUUCCUUUUGAAA